AUGUUUCAUAUAAAAGAUACGCUUCCGUUGCGUCCAGGAAUUCAGCCCCAUCCGUUCCAGUUUCGUUAUGGAAUUCCUCGAAACGUGUGCCGCCAGCAGGACGAGGUGCGUCGCCGUCGUCGACCGGCGUCGAUUCGCCAAAGCUAUGAGGUACGUGUAUGUCCCUCCUCCUUCAUUGCAUUCCUCGCUGUUGGCCGAGCCUGCUGCAAGUUCGUGCAGCCGGUCCCGCCGACGUCGUCGCCGCCGCCACCGUCGUUGUGGAGCGAAGCUGGCGUGGAGCCAUCACAUCUGCUCGCUGCACCGAUAUCGAUCUCAAGGAUGGCGCAGCUCAGUCCCGGUCCAUUUCAGCCUCGGCGCGACGUCUGCAACCAGCAUGUGAGGCGUGAAAAAGCAGCGCCGUUCCCUAGAACUGGAAAUCGCGCGCAGCUGAAGAAAUCUCUCUUCCAACGAAAUCUCUCCAUAUCCUUCUACUAUCGCCCUACCAUAACCCUUGCCCAGAAAUUCCAUCUCAUCCGUCGAAUCAUAAAUGGGCUGCGGCGGCACCCGUUCGACGUCCGUUCGAUCUUCUCUCGUAAUAAUGGGCGCGCGCUAGCGGCGCUCUUGUCAGAAGCUAUUUCCGGUACUGGGCGAUUGUUCCUGGUAGAGAGAGAGGAGGGUAAAGUAUCCGAAGGCUUAGAUGAUUUCUUUGGCCGUUGGACAUUAUGGAUUACGGUAGACGUGAGGGCUCGUACUUUUGGUAAACCGAGAAGAUGA